AUGGCCUCAGCCCUCCCGCUGCUGCUGCUCUGGGUGUUUGCCCCCACGGUGGUCCCAGAAGUGUUUGGCCCUGGCGAUGGCACAGGUAACUCGUCAUCAUUGGCCACAUCUGUGCUGGUCCCUGCCCUGUCAGUGCCCUGUGGCGGGGGCCUGGGCGGGGGGAACCCCAUGCCGGUCUCGCUCAUGGCUUCUCUCUUCUCCUACCCAGAGGACGUCAAGGCUCUGCAGGUCUCCAUCCCACGCCACCCAGCCCUUGAUGCCGUGCUGGCGGGCGACAUCACCAUCCCCUGCCUCAUCACCUACCUUGGCCCCCAGCCCACUGCCGGCACAGCCGGGCGCCGGGCGGUCCUGGGAACCCCCCGGGUCAAGUGGACCUUCAUCUCUGAGGGCAGGGAGGUGGAGAUCUUAGUAGCUCGGGGGGACAGGGUGAAGGUGAGCGAGGACUAUCGCCACCGUGCCUCCUUGCCCAUCUUCCACCAGCGCUACACCAAUGCCUCCCUGCUGCUCACCGAGCUGCGGCCCAACGACUCGGGGAUCUACCGCUGCGACGUGCAGCACGGCAUCGAGGAUGGCCACGACAUCCUCGAUGUCAAAGUCAAAGGUGUGGUGUUCCACUACCGGGAGGGCUCCAUGCGCUAUGCCUACACCUUCGCCGAGGCACGGGAGGCUUGCGCCAGGAUCGGCGCCCACAUUGCCACCCCUGAGCAGCUGUACGCUGCCUACCUUGGCGGCUAUGAGCAGUGCGAUGCUGGCUGGAUCGCUGAUCAGACCGUCAGGUACCCCAUCCACACGCCCCGCGAGGCCUGUUACGGAGACAUGAACGGCUUCCCUGGGGUGAGGAACUACGGGGUGGUGGACCCGGAGGACAUGUAUGACGUAUACUGCUACGCCGAAGACCUCCCAGGGGAGAUCUUUUUGGAGACGACCCCAGACAAAUUCACACUGGAGGAGGCAGCGGCGCGCUGCCGGGCGCUGGGCGCGGAGCUGGCGAGCACAGGGCAGCUCUACGCG